CCAGCAGCCGCAGGGGAACUGACAGAAGUCAUUGAUCUUUCUAGGUUUAGAAAAUUAAAAUACUUAUGGCUUCACCAUAACAAGCUCCAUGGGAUAGCAUUUUUAACCAGAAACUAUUGUCUGACUGAACUAUAUCUAAACAACAAUGCAAUAUUUGAGAUAGAAGGGCUGCAUUGCUUGCCUUCCUUGCAUAUUCUCCUGCUACACCACAAUGAGUUAACAAACAUUGAUGCAACAGUGAAGGAAUUAAAGGGAAUGCUGAAUCUGAAAACCCUAAGUCUACACCAAAAUCCUUUGUGCCAAUAUAACUUGUACCGUUUGUAUAUAAUCUACCACCUUCCAGGAGUAGAGCUACUUGACAGAAAUCAAUUUACAGAAAAAGAAAAAAGAUCAAUGAUUACCAUUUUUAACCACAAAAAGGCUCAUACCAUUCAAUCAAUUGCAUUUGGAGGAAAAGUAGAUGCCUCUUGGAAUCCUAAAUUGCCAUUAAAGCAGAAACCAUCCCAGAGACUGUCUUCAGACUUUGGAUUUGCAGAUAAUGUAGACAAAACUGUAUUUGAUGACCCAGAAGAUGCUGUUUUCGUAAGGUCCUUGAAGAGAUCAGUGAUGACUCUGACCUCCAUGUACUGGGACACAGUUCCCACUCAAGAGGAGAAGUACCUUCAGGAGGAAGGCACGGAAACGGCUCAGAUGCUCACAGUUACACUGAGAUAACCCCUGGCAUUCCUGGCGUUCGGUUGUAUAUUAAACUUCCCUGUGACUUAGCAUAUUAUGCACUUAUUUUGCUAUGGUUUGAGUCUUUUAAACAUUCAUAGAAACAUUAAUAAUAAAAAUAUUACUGUAGUGUAGGCUUUAUAAGGUUUCCAUUGAAAUUGAACAUGUAUAUAGAAAUGUAUGCAGAUCGUACGCAUUCAACUUUACACAUUUUCAAAACCUAGACAGGGUCAUCUGUUCAUGACCAAGAAACAGAACAUUAGCAGCGCUCAUUCCUGUUACUGGGCACUGCCCUUCCAAAACAAUCACUGUCAUGAUUCUAGACAAUAAAGCAAUCAUGUCUAAUGGUAAAAGGCAUCAUAGAAUAGGUGAAUAUUUUAUGUCUGGCUUGUUUCACUCAAUAUUGUAAGAUUUAUCCAUGUUCUUGCUCAUAGCAAUAAUUCUGUCAUUCUCAGUGCUGUAUAGUAUUCUCCAAUUUAUAUUUACUCAGAGUAGUUAUUGUUUUUGCUUGCCUCUGGAGACAGUUGUCAGUUCUGGGUGUGGACUAGUGAUUUAUACUUGGCCUACCCAGACAUGGAUGCCAGGGGAAAAAGGAAACUAGAUAAGAUUUUGGCAAUUACCUGGUUCCAAGGGAAAAACAGACAUUUAAGGUAACUGAAACUCCUUGCUGGUCCGAACUACAGGGCUGGGUUCAAUGCUUACACAAGGCAAGAGUGACUUUGCACAAAGCCCAGACACACUGUAAAAGUGGGACUGACUUCCAAAUAGGCAAGAGAGGAAAGCUUAGAAAGCAUAAAGCAUAGUUAAUCAACACCAAGAAUCAGUAUCCUCCUUUCACCUGUGGCACUUAGGACCCCAUACACAGCCAGUCUAAAACCUCAGGUAUGGCCCCUGGCAGGAAGCUGUGUUAGGGUAAUGAAAAAGCAAUGAUCUGUGCAUUUACGUGAGGUGCCUGAGAUCAAGCCAGUGACUGAGUGGAGUGUAAGAUUAGGUGAUAGAAGAAGUCAAAACAUUCCUUCCUCUGCAUCCUGGAUCCCUAACUUUGCCAUUUAGUAACCACACUCAAGCAAUCCUAUUGAGAGAGCUGUUUAUUCUGGGGGCUUCGUGUCAACUGCUGGUUAAACUUCAGACAGGUGAGUGCAGCCGUCUGAAAGCUCCCCUGUGCUCUCCAGCCAAAGAAACCCCGUACCAGCACCACUAGGUUAAGCUGCUCCUCAAUUUCUGGGUUGCAGAAACUGAAUAAGGCUUAUUGAUUUUCAUUAAUAACUUUGAAGGAGAUUUGUUUUACUUCCACAAUCACUGAAAAGAAUGACAAAUUUGCUGAUUUGAAAAACUGUCUAAAAAAUUUUACUUCUGUAUUUUACAGAACUAAUGGAAACAUGCCCCACUUGCAUGAAGAAAAAGAUUUGUGUUAAAGUGCGUUCUUCAGUACUGGAUGUUUUUAUUCAAUAAUGAAUGAGUGACUAUGACUGGAAAACAUUAUAUUAAAUAUAAUUUCAGGGGAAAUAAACUAGAAGAUAUGACCCAUAAGUUACCUACAACUCUUCAAUAUUUUGAGAUAAACCAUUUAUUGAGAGGGUGUUUAAAAUUAUGUUCUUUGCUUUAAAUGACAGAGAUGCACUCAUAUUGGCUCAAGUGAAAGCAUAUUUAUUUCAGGACCCAAUGGAAGGUCUCAUGCCUAGAAAACAAAAUCC